CUGUAGGUAAACUUUAGUUUUCUUUCCUUCCGUGAUUUUAAUAUUUAAUGGUCUUGUUAUCUCAAUACAAAUAGGAAUGUUAUAUGUUAUAUUAUUAAUAAAACUUAAUAUAUAAUACAAAAAUGUCACAGCCGAACUUACUGGACAUAGUUCCAGAAGAACUGUUUCAAAACUACUUCGUCAGCGAUGUGGACCAAGUUCAAAAGAAAUUGCAAUAUGAAAUCGAGAGAAAGAGGGAAGAAUUACGUGCUAUGGUUGGAGAAAGGUACCGGGAUCUCAUACAUGCGGCGGAUACCAUAGAGGAAAUGAAAGAAACAACAUCCAGUACUUUGGAACAUAUAAGUCAGAUGAUAUCAGCAUGUAGGAACCUUCAUAAUACACACUUGGUUGGAUUCAAGAUUGACAAAAGGCCUGAACAGCCAAGUUUUCAGUUCAACAUAAAUCCAGCGCAAAGUAUAGCAGUGCAAGUCAAGCUGUUGAUGGAGAUCCCUGAAAAAAUAUGGACUUCCAUUGAAGCUGAGGAUUAUGUGACAGCCACACAGUUGUUUAUUAUGGCAAGGCACAUUAACACAGGUUUACAAUUACAAAUAGGCGGUGCAAAUGCCAAGCCGGAAAUGCAAUCUAUGCAGCGGCUGGUCCAGCAGCAAUGGAAUUCUAUAUCCAACUUCAACGACACCAUUGUCAAUGUGUGUAGGGAGAAACUGCAUGAUGUCGACAUCACAGUGGAGGUUGCCUGCUCAUGCCUCGUCACCCUUUACCUCCUAGACUCACAAACCAUGGUGGAACUCCUCAACACAUUGAUCAGCUUACAAAGCAACAGCAGUCUGAAGUCUACCCUACAGUUCGACCUAACUAAAAUACUAGAAGGCGAUGUCAAAACGCAAAUAAAGAAUAAGAUAGUGAACGGAGUGAAAAUAGUGUUGAAAACUGUCGUUUUGGUGUACGCUUGUUUUGUGGAUAAUGAUGGUGGAGCGGUGCUAUCCAAAUUGCAAGAUUUGUUCGGUAAAGAUUCUCAGCCUCUUAUUGGAUUAGUGAGAUUCAGUGAUACAGCCGCUUUGAAGUCACUGCCUUCAGGAAUCACGACUUUUAGAUUAACUUCACAAAAGGACGUCCAAGCCCUCGCCAAGGAAGAUAUAACCGCGUGCGUUCAGAAAUGGAGCACGUGGGUAAAAUCGUUUAUAGCAGAGAGCGUUCAGAAGUUGUUACAAAACAUUACAAGGGUCAAAGUCCUGCAUGAGAUAAGAGAAGAUGCUUUUAGGAUUGAAACACCAGCAAAUUGGUCUUCUAUCUGUACGUCGCUCGACAUACCAGACGUCCACGUGUGGUGCCAUUAUUUCCAACCUCUUUUGACGUCCAGGGUCAAAACUAUCAUAGACAACAGAUGGCUGAAAAUCUAUGAUUCUUUCAAGACUCAGAUCCUUAUAGAUUUGACAAAGGUAUCAUCGGACAAUGAAAUAGAGAAGGAAUCUGACAUUAAUUGGUUCAUUUGGAAGGACCUUAUUGGAGAGACUGUAAUUGAGUCGAGAAAUGAUGUGAUCAAAGUCAUGAACUCUCUUAUGAAAGGUAUGUCCCGCCAAGAUCGCGGCUUCACGCCGACCUUAGAGAAACUCUGCGAAAGUCUGGACAGCGAAUUACAGAAGUUACUAGAAGACUUGAAGAUAUACCUCUAUCAGUGUAAGAAGACUGUAAACAAAGAUAGGAUGCUGUUCCCGUAUGAUGACGAUGAUGAUUUGGCUCAGAUGUAUAUUGAUAAAGGGGAUAUUGAGGUAUUUCUCAGGGAUGUAGCCGAUAAAAAUAUUCAGAGCAUGUUACAAUACAUUAAAGUUUGCUUCGAAGAGCAGACGUUACAAUCUACGGAAUUACAAAGAAAAACAACGGCAAUCUACACGGCAAGAUUCACUCAAGCGAUUCCCACUCUUAUGCCACAUUUACGCAAGUGCUAUAUUCCUGAGAAUAAUUUCUUAGGAUUAGAAAGUAUAGAUGAUAGUGCCGUGAAAAGAUGGAAUGAUAUUUGCGCCGUGUUAAAGGAAAAUUGUAUUUAUUGCUGGGGCAAAUGGGUCGAUAUUGCGAUGGUGAAAGUGCAAGAUUUGACGAAGGAUUUGCCUCAAGAGUUUACUUUAGAAGCUAAUAUAGAUUAUUUGAUGAUGCAAUGGGACGUGAUAAAAAUCCAAGAAAAUGACGACGAAGGCAACGCUAUAGAAUCCGUCAUCAAAGUACCAGCGGGCCCUUCGUUGAAACUACAAGAGUUUCUGCACGCCACAAGCAGAAUACUAGACGAAGUCGUACCCCAUACAUUACCCGUAGAAAUACACACAAUGUACAUCGAACAACUUACAAACAUCACCCUCGCGCAUUACGAUAAAGUCAUAAGAGGGAACGAGACGGAUAUAAAUCAGAGAUGCGCGCUUCAACUACUUAUGGAUGUUAGGCAUUUGACUAUGCUAUUGGUUCCGAGGGAGAACAAAAAAAUUAUGGAGUUCUCGCAGAGUAUAUGCGAGUUUUUACGGCAGAAGAUUGAUCCGUUCGAUUAUGAUGUGUUUUAUCCGUAUAUUCAGACUAAUUUGAAGCGGUCUGUUCAAAGAGUGCAGACCCUCCUGGGGAGUUUGAUUCUCCAUCACGGCCAACUAACUGGUAUAAUCGGGUCUAAACCGGUUUUAUCUGGCGGUAGCGGCGAUAAAGCGGCCGGUUUGUUAGCAUCUAGCGAUUCUCAGUGGUUCUCGCUUCUGCCGGUGGCGGCGCCACCGAGCCGAGAUAAAAAACAGGAUAAAUUGUCAAAGAAGAAGCAACUCCCAUCGGCUAGUCCCAGCAAAUCCAAAUCGGAACUUUCAGAAAUUAUGACGAAAUCCUUACCUUUGAAUUUCGCCAAUGCAAGGUCCGGCGCCGCUUCGUUCUUCAAUUCAAUGACUUCUGAUUGGUUCAGUGGAUCAUAGGAAUAUGUGAUUUUUUUUAAUUGAUAAAUUUAAAUAUAGAACUACAAGCAUAGUAUUCGGAAUAAUUUUAGGUUAUAGAAAUGGUUAGUACUGGUACAUGUGAGACCUCA